CACCGGUUCAGAAACCGGUGAAUUUUGGAAAGUGCCCAACCGCGUUCCGUAUAGACCGGUUUUUCAGUCUUUCAAGCACCAGCAAACAUUACGGAACGUGUAGCCGUAACCAAGGUUGGAAACGGAACCCAGCCGAAAAAUAAACAAACAACAACAUCCUGAAAUUAUUGUAAACAUCUCAUUAUCAUUAAUCAUUUAAUUUAUUUCAUUUCUAUUUUAUAAAAUUCCAUUGUCAUCGUCAUCAUGGGUAUAAUCCACUGCCAAAUUAAAACGGUUCUCGUUUAAAAUCUUUAUUAGAUAUACGCAUUAAGUUCAUUAUGCGCACAUCUCAAUUUUGUUGUCCAAAUUUUAAAUGUUCAACAUUUUCAGCAGUAUCAGUGAAAAAUCUACAUUAGAAAAGAUGAGUGAAAUUGAAAAUCAUCAUAAAAGAAGCUGGUGGACUAAACACUCCGAGAAUCGACUUGCCGAAUUGGAAAUUACCAUUUUAUCAGUGGUAAAGUCUAAGUUCAAAACAUGGUUCGUCCCAAUUGGCUCCUCGGUAGGACAAGAUGACAAAAUCUGGACCAUUACGCUGAACGAAGAGUCGAAAAACACCCCGCUUGUAAUGCUCCAUGGAUUUGCUGCAGCCAUUGGCUUCUGGUGUAAAAAUUUCGAUGAAAUCGCCAAGGAUAGGCCUGUUUAUGCUAUUGAUUUACUAGGUUUUGGCAGAUCUUCUCGACCUACUUUUGCUAAAGACUGCGAAUCGGCGGAGCAGCAAUGGGUUGAUGCUUUGGAGGAAUGGAGAAAACAAGUAAAGUUGGAAAAGUUUAUUUUAUUGGGCCAUAGUUUUGGAGGGUAUUUAGCUACAAGUUAUACUAUGCAACAUCCUGAUAGAGUAAAACAUUUAAUUCUAGCAGAUCCAUGGGGUUUUGCCGAAAAACCUCCAAAUUACAAACCACCAACUUUCUUUAGGAUUAUGGGAGUGAUACUGUUUCCAUUUACAUAUUUUAAUCCCUUGGCUGCUAUAAGAGCUGUAGGUCCGCUUGGCCCAGCUUUAGUAAGAAAAAUGAGAGGAGAUAUUGCUAGACGUUAUUCAGAUUCUUUUGAAAAUACUGACGUAAUCACUGAGUAUAUUUAUCAAUGUAAUUCCCAAUAUCCGAGUGGAGAAACAGCAUUUCAUUCAUUUGUCAAAGGAUUUGGUUGGUCAAAAAAUCCUAUGGUACACAGAUUUGACAUGAUUCACGAAUCGACUCCUAUUACCUUGCUUUAUGGGGAGCAUUCUUGGAUUGAUCCAAGUUCUGGAUUUAUUUUACGCGAGCAAAGAGAAGAUUUUUCUUAUGUCAACAUUGACGUUAUUCAGGAUGCUGGACACCAUCUUUACUCGGACCAACCAGAAAUUUUCAACAAAUGCGUCAAGGAAACUUGUAGAAUUGCCGAUAAUAAUGAAGAUACAAAGGAAAAAGUUAGGCCAGUGAAUUUUUUGAAGGAACAAUUUAACGAAUCCAGAUGGAAAGAUUUUAUUGAUCCUUCUUAUCCUCAGAAAAUUACAAAGGAAGAGAUAGAUGAUAUUGGUGAAAGUGAAAAUGAUGGUGAAGAACGACGUGAUAUUACUGCCCAUUAGUACUCUGUUACAGUCAACCUUGGAUGAAAGAAACUGUAAAGGGGGAUCAGAAACAGAUAACAGCUGACACAAUAAGUAUUAAAAAAAUUUUUUUUUCAAUAAUAGGUCAUCUGGAAAUGUUGAGUGUUUUCUAUAUGGUGGCCUCAUUCAUUCAAUACCUAUAGUCCGACCUGCCAGUAUUUUAAUUUUUCUUUUUUGAAACCCAAUUGGUUGUUAUGCCCAAGGCCAAGUUUGACUGUAUAAUUUUGAAAAAAUUAAACCUAGAAUGUGAAUAAAUAAAUAGAACCAGAUUUAUUUUUUAUUAAGUAAACGUUAUUCAGAAGAUGUUCAAAAUAAUUUAU